AUUACCGCGCGCACCUGGACCCAACAACGACGCGCUUAUCACGCAACAGUUGUCAAAUCUAUAUGUACUUUACAUAAAUUAUAUUUAUAAAGGAAGCGUUAUUUGAAUACGUUUUAUCGGAGAGAUAACUAUGGCAACUAGUAUAGGACUGGCCAUGAAUCCUCCGCACACAGAAGAGAGGGCGGUUUUCACGCAGCUGAAACCUGUGCGGAUGUCUGGAGCUGACGGCGCAGAGGACUCGUCGGUGUUUGAGGAAGUGAAACCCGCGAUCCGGUUGGAGAUGGAGAAAUACCUCUCCCAGACCCCAGGCAGCCCCCUCAUUCCUCCCUCCAUGGCCCCCACAGACAAGAAGAACCGUAGAGAGAGCGCCUCAUUGGUUGACGAGUACUUCUCAGAGGAGAAGCCCAACACAGCUCCAUACAGCGUCAACAUCAACCUCAUCCUCCCCAACACCACCCACCUCCGCACUGGUCUGUACCGGCCCAACAAGCCUAACCAGCAGCACCACCAGUCCCACCAAAAUCACCUACUCCAACACAUCAAGACAGAGCCGGGUGUGGAUGUGCCAGUGCCCUGCUCCAUCCAGACCAUCCAGACCUUGCCUGACUUCACGUCUGUCUUCAGCAUGCCCCAGACCGUCAACACCAUGUUUAUCAAACCCGACAUGGCCGCCGGUGGCCACCCAGUUUCAGACACACACACAGAGCUGUACAUUGGCCCCCAGAAACCACAGGUCUACCAGAUGCCUGUUCCUGUCAGUGGAUCUGACCUCACAAUGACCCUUUCCCACAGCAGCCAACCAGGGACCGGCGGAGCUGGCAACGGUAGAACCAUGCUCAACCUGAACAGCGUCUCCUUGACGACAGUGGGUCACGGCGGUGGUGACUCGUCGUUUGCGAUGCCGGAGCAUUUCUACCACCACCACACCACCGCAUCGCCCCAGUCCCAGCCCCACAGCCUGCCUCCCUCACCCCCCAACUCCCAGCCGGGUAGUCCUGAGAACCAGGCAGAGCUGCUCACCCCUCCUCCCCCCUACCAGGCCUCCACAAGGCUGGGGUUGAAGGUCACCCAGAUGUCCCACCACUCCAUGCUUAUGGCCCACGGACAGGGGGUGCUGACGGGACCCAGGUACAACCGACGGAAUAACCCAGAGCUGGAGAAGAGACGGAUCCACUUCUGUGACUUCCCAGGCUGCACCAAGGUUUACACAAAGAGCUCUCACUUGAAAGCACACCAAAGGACACACACAGGAGAGAAACCAUACCGUUGCAGCUGGGAGGGCUGCGACUGGCGUUUCGCCCGCUCUGACGAGCUGACGCGACAUUACCGUAAACACACGGGAGCCAAGCCCUUCAAGUGUGUGGCCUGCAGUCGUUGUUUCUCCCGUUCAGAUCACCUGGCCCUACACAUGAAGCGCCACCAGAACUAAACACACACACACACACACACACACACACACACACACACACACACACACACACACACACACACAUGCUACGGCCACCUGAAGCAUCACCAGAACUGAGGGACACCAUCCUGAAGCCCCCAAAAUGCAUUGCACUGCAUGAGGGCCGCGGAUGGACUGCCUGACUGACGGACUUAUCCUCCUUUUCAAAACUCCUUAUCAUUAAAUAUUUUACACCAUCUACAAUGAUACAAUGAUCAAAAUGUCUGCUCCUCACGUCACUACUAUCGGGAGGUAUGGACUUUCAAAGAAAUAGGGGACCAGGAUGCCUGCCUCUAAUUGCCCCACGUAAUAAUGGAUGCACAUUGUAUGCCUGUCUGUCUGUAUAUAUAGUUGUGUAUAGUGUGUUGUUGUGUGUGUUUUUGAAAAAGCAAAGAAUUUAUUGACAUUUAUACUUGACUAUCAUUUUUUUACACAUCUGCAGUUGAGAUUUCAUACCAAUCAUUACAAUGUUGGAUAAUACUUUUAAGUCACAUGAGCUUCCUUAUAUGGUAUCAUAUAUCUUCCUGACAAAUCAACAGACUUGUCUUAUGUUCAUAAUAACUUGUUUCUAUUCGGGUGCCUGAGAGCCUGGAGCAUUUAGCCAUGUUUAUUAUUAUUUCUGUAACCACGGAGACAAACCUCUUUGAUAGGGGCUAGCAACAACAUUACAUUAUCUAUUUACAGUUUCAUCUUAUAUAGUUUGUUCAACAGUUCAUACAUGUAUUUUAACUUCUUAUUUUGAUUAUUAUGUUUUAAUGUUAAUUAGUCUUGUCCUGCAACCUCACUAUUUAUGUAUAAUAAUUAUUGAGUUGAACUUACUACAGCUCAAAAGACAUUAGAUAACCACAUAAAAAAUACAUUCAAAAAGUACAUUAUUUUGAAAUUAGAAUCGUCCCCAUGCAGAUUUUGAUAUUUACAAAUCAGUUUUUUUUUAUGUAUUGUAGCCUGAUGAGAGUUUAACUAGUGUGUGUGCCAAACGAUUAGAGAACAUGUUUCAUACAGGUUAUCAUAUUCAAAGAUAUUGACAGCAGGAUAUGAGAUAAUGCCCAACCCCUCCAUGGAAAUGUCACUUUUAUUACACUAUUAGUCACAAUAAUAAUAAUAAUAAUAAUGUUGGAUGGACAAUUUUUUAAAUGUUUUUUAAACAUGAUGGUACAUACAGUACAUUUAUACAUAUCGGUCAAAGCAGUGGACAUACAUUUAGGCGUGGUUUCCCGGAUACAUAUUAAGCCUAAUUCUGGACUAAAAAGCAAACUAAAUGGAGAAUCUCCAUCGGUGUCCAGGGAACUUUCCCUUUAUGCUGUCAGUUGUUUUUACCUGCCAGAUAUGAUUGGCUGACCUUUGGCCUUUGAUAGUUGUAAGGGAUGGUAACUGUUCACCCUAAAUUGCCCUUAUACCUAUGUAAUAACAGUAGUAAAUGGUUUAGAUCAUAUCAGUUUGGGCAAAUCCCCCAGUUGGUUUUAUACUCUGUGUCUGUUAUUCUGUCUUUAUGAAUGGAAUCUGCCUCUCCUCUGUUAUGAUCUUAUCAAUGUUUAGACCAUUAAGCAUUCUUCCAGUUUAUACCAUAAAAUCCAUUAUUCUAGCCAGUACUGUAGGCUACCUAUCUAUAGCGUUCCCACUAGGACUGAGUUUCUGUACCUAUGUUGAACACGGAGGGACGAAUUCCUGCCCCCCUAGUGGAUGUACACUACACAAGGCGGACUUCCUCUCUGGGUGGAACGCAACGACGAUGUGGACAAAAGUGUGCGCUGCCCCCAAAAAACAGACUCAGUCCUUGCACAUGCAUGCAUGUCGAACGACAGAGUGAACCUUGUAGCAACCUUAAGCCUAGUCCUAGACUAAAAAGCACUUUCAAUGGAGGUUCUUCAUAAAGCAAGGUUUUUUAACUGAGGACUCGGAGUAGGCUUAAUCUGGGUCUGUGAAACCAUCUAGGAGUGUUCAACACUUAUGAUAUGCCACUAAAUGAUACAUUUUGGUCUUUCUGACAGAGAAACUGUUUUGUUUUAACUCACUGAAUGACUAAAGCACUUCCUUCACUCUAGGAACAAGUUCUCUGUGUUCAUUUCCUUCAAUGAGAGGGAGGUAUGACGAAUCACUGUAUAUACUGUAGUUUUGAAGAGAAGACUUAUGUUGUAAAUAUGUUUUUUUUCUCUAAUAUUGAUGCUUUUUGCUAUGAACAAAAGGGGAUUUUAGGUUGGUUUUUUUAAUGGCUGGUUAUUAAUUUUGACACUUAUUGUGUGUACGGUAUGCAGUGGAAUCAGUUCUGUACAAAUUUGAAAUAACAACUUUUUUGUGUAUUUUAUUAGUUUUUUGUUUGUGUGAAAUCCUGAAAAUGAAUAAAGAGAUUACAACUAGA